CGUCAUACUUCAGAAAAACCGUUUCCACAAAGUCGCUAAAAAAUGUAUAUUAUGCUGUUCAGAUAGAGUUUUCUCUGUACGUUACUCAGUUGUCUAUUGUAGGUAUAACUUAACGGUGUUAUUCAGAAUCAGAAACAUUCGUUCGUCCAUUAUUGCAAGAUGGAAAAAAUCACCAUUUUCUUUAUAGCUGCUAUCAUCAUGGAAAUUUCGCUGGUCACACAAGGUCGUCCAGGUCCAGUUGGAGAACAACCGAACGAUUCGUUAUAUCCAUGUGUCGACGAAUAUCCGCCAGCAUAUCCACCACCACCAGGUCCAUAUCCACCACAAGUCGCAAUUGGUGUACCAAUGUACCCAGAAGGUCCAUAUCCUCCACAAGUCGUACCUGGUGUACCAGUGAUGUAUCCCCCUCAAGGUAGUCUAUCCAAUUUGGUACCAGCUCAACAAUCGGGUCAUAGUCUAUCCGAUAUGGUACCAACUCAUGCACCGGGUGGUUUUUAUCCAAUUCAUCAUCUGGAAGGUCCGCAAGAUUAUUUACCACCAUUAGUCCCACCUGGUGGACCAAUGUAUCCUCCCCAAGGUCAAUAUCCACCACCAGGUGCAUAUCUACCACAAGGUUCAUAUCCACCACAAGGUUAUCAGCAGCGGGAAUAGCCAGCUGGGCGGAUCCAAAGGAGCCAUAAAAUUAUCCAGUUUUAUUUUAAAUACAGAUUAGUUAUCAUUAAAUUAUGUAUACUUUUACCCAAAAAAACAACAUUAUAUUUUCAUUAAAUCACAAUAAACUUACUUUCUUGCAAAU